CAUCCCACUCCCAGCAGGGAAACAUCUGGACCAUGAAGGUGGCCUUCAGAUUGCUUCUCCCACUUGUUCUCGUGCUGGUCUCAGAGGUGAGCGGGCAGAGGAGGAAACCUCCCCGGAAACCUACCCGCCCACCUCCUGAGUUCGAGGAGCCCGUGGAGCCCACAGAGCUGCCCCCACCCCUGCCACCAGGUCCCCCUUCCAUCUUCCCUGACUGCCCCCGGGAAUGCUACUGCCCUCCAGACUUCCCCUCUGCUCUCUACUGUGACAGCCGCAACCUGAGGAAGGUCCCCAUCAUCCCACCCCGCAUCCACUACCUCUACCUCCAGAACAACUUCAUCGAUGACCUCCCAGAGGAGUCCUUCAGGAAUGCCACUGGGCUGAAAUGGGUCAACCUAGACAACAACCGCAUCCGGAAAGUGGACAGAAGGGUCCUGGAGAAGCUGGAAAACCUCAUCUUCCUCUACAUGGAGAAGAACCAGCUGAAGGAGGUCCCUGCCUUUCUGCCACCCAACCUGGAGCAGCUGCGUCUGAGCAGGAACCAGAUCUCCAAGAUCCCUGCUGGGGUCUUCAACAAGCUGGAGAACCUGGUGCUCCUGGAUCUGCAUCACAACAAGCUGAGUGACGGGGUCUUCAACAAAAACACGUUCAAGGGACUCAAGAACCUCAUGCAACUCAACCUUGCACACAACAUCCUGAGGAAAAUGCCACCAGGGGUGCCCAGUGCCAUCCACCAGCUCUUCCUGGACAGGAACAACAUUGAGGACAUCCCCAGUGACUACUUCAAGGAGUUCCCCAACCUGGCAUUUAUCCGGCUCAACUACAACCAGAUAUCUGACAAAGGGCUCCCCAAGAACUCCUUCAACCUCACCAACCUGCUGGUGUUGCACCUGGCCCACAACAAGCUCACCAACGUCCCUUUCAUCAGCCCCAAGCUGGAGCAUCUCUACCUAAAUAACAACUCCAUUGAAAAAAUCAACGGGACACAGAUCUGUCCCACCUCGCUGAUGUCCAUCCAGGAUUUCUCCCCCUCUGACCUAGACACCGUGCCCCGACUGCGCUACCUGCGGCUGGACGGGAACCUCCUGAAGCCCCCCAUUCCCCUGGACCUCAUGAUGUGUUUCCGGCUCCUGCAAUCCGUGGUUUUCUAGCCCUGCCUGGCCCUUGCAUCUCCCAGGACUUGGCUUUGCACAGAGACUCGACCCCUGUUCGUGCCUGACACGUGGGGACCCUCUUUGCCCCCCUCUCUCCCUGCUCACCCCCAGCUCCAUCCCCCUCUUGCGUUUCCCUCCUUGCCUCCCCUGCAGCACCCACGGACAUGGGUGGCAUUAGGGGCCACCAUCUGCAGGACAGCACCGUGUGGCAGCAGCCAGCACCAGCCCAUGCUCACCCUGCCUGUGGCCCUGCCUGCUCUGCCCUCCCCCAGGCCGGCCCUGGAGCUGGCUCUGUCCCCUCCCUUCCACCCAGCAGAGGUUCAAGAGAUUGGGUUUGCCCAAAAUCAUCUCCAGAUGGAGCUGAGGAUGGAGCCCAGCAGCCACCUUGCUAAAGGACUUGGGUCAGAUCAUUGCUCAAGGACAAUUCCUGGUGUCCCCUGGGGAAAAAAUCCCCCGUGACAGAGGUGGAACAGGGACGGGCUCGUGUGCCAAGGGUGCUGGUGGCCAUCCUGCAGCUCUGGGGCUCAGGGUGGUGCUGGGCAGCAGGAUGGGUGCUGGUGGAAGGGGGCCAGGUCUGGACCGGCAGGACCGGAACGACACCUCGUGGCCAGAGCCCCGGGGGAGGGACGAGUUCUGCAGCCUCAGCCCCCCGGGGCUUCAUUCACCCCGAGGGGCUCUGUCCUUCUGCCUUGACUCCCACCUCUUGGAAGUUUUAUCCCGUUGCUUUCUUGAACCGAAAACAUGUGACUGGUUUUGCCUCUGUGGUUUUUUUUCGGUUGUGUUUUUGUUUUUUAAGGAAAGAAGAAAAGGGAAGAAUUAAUCUUUUAAGAAUUACUCUUUUGGAAAAGCUUUUUUUUUUUUUUUUUUUUUUUUUUUUUUUUUUUUUUUUAUCCCCCCUUCUCCCUGUUUUCCCAUGUAUUGCUUCCCUCUUUGCUAGCUGUACCUGCAUAUAUAGGGUGUCCGGGUUUAGGGCUUGCAGGGAUUCUCAUUUUUUCUUUCUUCCUGGGUAUCAGGAUUUAGAUUUAAGGCAAAGCAUCAGAGGGGGGAUGAAAUCCAAUUGAAAUAAGCAUUAAAGCACUAAACCAAAGAACCCAGGUGUUACCUCCUUUGUGUUCAGCCACCAAAACUGACCCUUCUCCAGGAGGGACAGGGACGGGCACCUUGUCCCCCUCCCUGGGAAUGGGACACAGAUGCUCCCAGUGACCCUGUGAGCUGGGUGUUCCCCUUCCUCCCAUUGCCAGAAGGUUCAUUAACCCCCCCCUGGGCUAAUUCAGGCUUCAUAAUCAAAAUCUCUUCUCCAAAUCUUCCUCCAGUGGGCUUUAUUGGGUUCGACAGGUUUCAGCCUUAAACCCGGAGACCCUAUGUAUAUAUUUAUAUAUAAUAUGUAUAUAUACUGGUAGACUGUACAGAUAUAUCUAGAGACAUAUGUAGUUCUUGACUGAUUUCAACUUAAUGGUAUUUUCACUCCUACUCUCUGCAGCAGUGAAAAUAAAAUGAUUCACAAGGGACCCAG